AUGCGAGAGGCUUACGGCGAGGAGUGGUGGCAGCUUGAUGAUGACGAAGACGACUACGUCAGGCGCCAUCAUGACUUGGGGCUCGAGUUCAACAGCUAUGGCGUCGACGCUCAUCGGCUGUGGUCCGCAAACCCUGGCGCGCGCGAGCGUAAGAAGGAGAAGACGGUGGUUGAGCCGGUGAAGAGUAUGAGUCCCUAUUUGAGGGACAUUCUCACCAAUGCGGCAUUCUUGGAAUGGUUGGACGGAGAGAUGCCGCCGCCUGCGCUCUAUCAAGAAGACUUUGGCCGCAGUCGUUACGACCUCUGUGUCGCGCGGGUCAGAGCGGUCUUUGAGAGGAACGACGUCGACCAGGUCAUUUAG